GGAAGAGGUGAAAUGGAGAUGAACAACAGCACAGUGACUGUGCAAGAAACCAUGAUUGACUCAACCUGGUGUGGGGCAUAGUAGGCCACUCCAGAACAGGACGGAAAUAGCCGACAGGCUACAAGUCCUGAAUAAGUACAGGAGGGUGAAGGGGUCAGCUGUCACUAGGGCAGGAAUGGGAAAGAGACAGGAGGCGACGGAGAGUGGCAGAGGCACCACUACAAGGCAGAAACCAAGAGGAGAUCAGACCUAAACACAUUCAUAACGAUUUAAAGAGAAUAAGAAGACAAGAAAGUCAGAAGGAAAUAGGAGCUGUUCAUUCUCUAUGAAAAGAGGAGGUCAUUUGCGGAUUUCAGAGACAGCUCCUUCAUCCAAACCAGGGAGAAAUUAGGUGGCUCAGUCAAAGCUAUGUCUGCUCUCUAUCUAUCAAAGGUGGCACCACAGGAAUCAACACACAGUCAUUUAAAACCGGCACAAGAUCAGUCAUCUGAAUCUGGGAAAAGAGCCAAGCUAACCAAGAUGGACGAAAACUUACAACAGAGGAAAGAUGACCUCCAACCACCUCCCUCAACCAGACAUCAGCCUGAGCCAGAAGAUAUCUCUGGGGCACAUUUACAACAAUCCAUGCCCUCCCAACUCUCCAAAGAAAAGUUAUACCAACAGCGGCAGAAAUGUGAGCUGAAAAGGCUCCUGAAGCACACUCACCCAGAGCUGAAGAUGUUGGAUGAUGUUGUGGAUGAGGAGCUUGCUGAGGUUUUGAGCUCAGAGAGUGGGGUGACAACUGGUGAAACUGGAUACGAGGGAGAGGUCCUUUCAAGACGCUUGAUAUUUGAGAACUGUGCCUUGAGUGAUAAAGUUUCUUCAUACACUCCCAAGAGACACAUGGCAGAGGGAACAGUGGAAAGAGGCGAUGUCAGUAAAACAUCAGCUGUAUUUGAGGAGCAUGAAGGGAGGCCAUGUAGUGUUAAAGGAAUCCUAGAGGACGACAAAAUGCUUAGCUACAGUCCAGAUCAUAACAGAGGGUGUGAGGAGGAGAUGGCAAAAAUAGAUGUUCAGGCUACCAGAAGGAUGUUUGAGAGUCAGUCUGUGAACACAUCCAGACGAAAUCCAGAUAAUACGUUUCAGGGCAAAGUGUCUAUUUCUGGGGAUGAGAAAGGGGCAGUCCAAAAACGAAAACAGGAGAGUGGAAAAGAAAAUCCACACAGCGACAACAAAAGCAAUGCUUAUACCAAAAGUCUUGAUUUGACAGAUCAGCCCCCAAAACAAGGGUCUUGUGUUCAUGUCAUUGGUCAAAGCACUGACCAUAAGUUUUCUGAUUGGGAAGAGGUUUCUACUGGUGAAACAGUCUUUGAGGACCAACCUACAAGCCUUCCUGAUCCAGAAGAAAUGGGGGAAAUAAUCAAAACAAGCGCAUCUCUCUCCAAAAACAACCCCUUUAUCCCAACAAACAUAGAAAGAGAGCAUUCCUUUGUGCAGACAUCAAAAUCCCAAAGCCCAGCAGGAGACAUCGGGGAAGCUCAGGACUAUCCAAUAGCUAAUGUGAAAAACAGAACCCAUUUGUUUGAAUCAAUGCCCUUUGACAAAAUUAGGCAUCAAAACAAGGACGAAGUUGAGACGAUGGUGGAGAACAUCAAGGACACGCUGAAUUCCCUUCAUCACGUCAAUGCCAUCCGUUCAGGUGGCUCAAUUAUUGAGGUGAAUGAGACAAUGAUAGCUAAAAAGGCUAAAUUCACACUAUCAGAGGAUGGGCCUGAGAUAAAAUAUGAUGAGGUUGCUGAAGGUGGGGCACAAAACUUCAUAGUCCAGUUGCUACCACGUGCAAACCUAAAGCCUCAGCUCAUUUACCUAAAGGAGGAUAGUAAAGGAAGUAUGGAGGCUAUGUUGGUGAAUGUACCCGUGCACCAGCAUCAUUUCACCUCCAACCAAGACACAGAGUUUAAAACUGCCAAUGUGGUUCAGGUUGUUGAGGAUAUUCUCAAUCAAGAUAACUCUCUGAGGAAGGGAGUAAUAAUCCAGGAGGAUGUGGAUAGAUGUGCUGAAGUCAUUGUUUACUCCCUCUAUAAUUACUUUGAUGAAGAAGAUGUGAAAAGUUACUGUCCUCCACAAGGUACAGAGUAUGAUGAACCACAGCCAGAAAGAUGUGAUGUGAGUAAGACAUCCAAUCAAGAACUAAGAAAAGGUGCUAUUGAAUCAACCAUAAGCUGCCUUCGAGAAACUUCUAAAGACCACAUCUUCCAAGGAUCAAUAAGGCCUGAAAUCACAGAAAUCGGGAAUGUAAAACUGUUCAAGAGUUGUAUUGAAAAGGGAGAUUUGGAGUAUUUGAAAACUCUUCAGGCUGAGUCAACAGUGCAAGAACAAGAACACUCUCCUAACCAAAACGUGGCUGGACAAGGUGUAGAGCUUCAUCAUGAUCAGACAGAGGAGAGUACUUCUGAAUGGAUCCCAGUGGAUGUUAAGAAACUGAAAAACAUGUUCUCUGGAGAUCAAAGGCCAAUCCAACCAAAGCAAAACGUAUGGGAAAAUCUUGCCUCAUUUACCACUAUUUCUUGUACAUCUUCAGAUCAAAAUGUGCCAAAGAGCCAAUCGUCCACAGAAUGCAAUGUUGGUAUAUACUCCCAUGGGCAAAUAAAGGAUACCCUUAGGGAGUGUGGUGCCCAAACACACGAAGAAGCUGCUAACUCUACAGUUACACCACAGGGAUUAAAACUACUUCAUGAAACACAGGACGGUGGUGAAAUCACAGAAAAAGGGAAUGUAAAACUGUUUAAGAGUUGUAUUGAGAAGGGAGAUUUGGAGUAUUUAAAAACUCUUCAGGCUGAGCCAACAGUGCAAGAACAAGAACUCUCUCCUAAUCAAAAUGUGGCUGGACAAGGCAUAGAGUUUCAUCAUGAUCAGGCAGAGAAUAGUACUUCAGAAUGGAUCCCAGUGGAUGUUAAGAAACUGAAAAACAUGUUCUCUGGAGAUCAAAGGCCAAUCCAACCAAAGCAAAACGUAUGGGAAAAUCUUGCCUCAUUUACCACUAUUUCUUGUACAUCUUCAGAUCAAAAUGUGCCAAAGAGCCAGUCGUCCACAGAAUGCAAUGUUGGCAUAUACUCCCAUGGAUCAAAAUGUGCCAAAGAGCCAGUCGUCCACCGAUUGCAAUGUUGGUAUAUACUCCCACGGGCAAAUAAAGGAUACCCCUAG